ACGCUACUAAUCGAAGCCGGAUUAUUAUUUCAAAAUAAAAGUGCUUGUGACGUUUAACGUUACUUCGGAAAUACGCAUGCGCAUUUAUGCUGUCUCGCUACACGUGGAACAUGGAGUCCCCACGAGAUAAAUUAGAUCUCGAUCGCUCUCAGGUAAAGAAAGCUGUACAUGCAUUACUGGCAUAUAUAAAGAGCAGCUCCUCGUCCCAAAAGCUCUUAGAGAACGAUGGUCAGGCCAUCUCUCUACUGUUAACUCUAUGGACAAUCCCUAAAAAGGAGCAAAAAAUUCGCAUUCCUUUACCCCAUGGGCUGAGGACAGAAUCCGGAGACGUGUGUCUCUUCACCAGAGAUGAACCCAAAAUGACCUCCGAACAGACAGUGAGAUUCUACAAGAAGUUGCUCAAAGUGAGAGGGAUCCAAAAUGCCAUAGAGGUGAUUCCUUUCAACAUGUUGAAAACUGAGUAUAAGCCGUUUGAAGCCAAAAGAAAACUGCUGGGCAACUUUGAUUUGUUUCUGUCAGACGCACGCAUCCACCGCAGGUUACCCUCCCACAUUGGGAAGCAUUUCUAUGAAAGGAAGAAGGUUCCUCUGUCGGUGGAUCUGGAGAGUAAGCAUCUAGCCAGAGACAUGGAGCGCCUCAUUCAUGGCACCACACUCACGGUCUCAAAUAAAGGCUCUUGUUGCAUGGUACGUGUAGCACAUUCAGACAUGACAGCAGAUGAGAUGGUUGAGAAUGUGAUGACGGCUCUUUCCACCAUCUCUGCAAAGUUAUCAACGUCAGGAAAAAACAUAAAAAUCAUUCAUUUGAAGAGUCAGACUUCAGUUGCGCUGCCCAUCUACACCUCUGACCUGAGUCACCUCGCAUUGGUGGAGGAGGCCCGCAAGGAAGCCCGUUUAAACAAGGGAGCACAAAAGAGGAAGAGAGCAAACAAGAAUACAGAAGUGUCAGAGCUGAUAACAAAAGAAACCGGGGAAGAGGAAGAGGAGGAGAUACCUCAGCUGGUGCCUUUCGAGACACCAACCAAAAAGCCAAAACGGGAGAUCAUAUCUAAAAAAGGACUGAAAAAAGCACCCAAGCCUGCUGCUGGCAAAGGACUAAAGAAAACCAUAAAAGACACAAAACUGACCAAGAAAAUACCAAAGGUCACAGCAUGUGAUCUGAAAAGAAAAGCUAAAAACAAAUAAAACAAAAUUGUAAAUGCUAU